AUGGGAGCAAGAGAAAGAUGGCAUGUUGCUGUCUGUUGCUUACAAGCUGAUUUCCUGCUGCCUCUGCACUGCACCAGGGAAGGUAUGGCUGCUGUUACAGGCUUACUGGAGUGGGUUUUUGCCCUGUACUUCCUCACUCAUAUUCCCAUCACUUUAAUCAUAGACCUGCAACCGCUUGUGCAUGGAGCUGGCAUCUACCCUCAGAGUCUGGCGGAGUUGUUAAAAUGGUAUGCGGUGACCUUCAAAGAUCCCAUGAUGCUGGAGCCCCCUCCAUGGUUUAAGUCGUUUAUAUGUUGUGAAGCCGCCUUACAACUGCCUUUCUUUCCCUUUGCAGCCUAUGCAUUCUUAAAAGGUGGCUGCAAAUGGAUACGGACUCCAGCAAUUAUCUACUCCAGUCACGUAGCUACAACUGUAUUUCCUAUCCUUGCACACAUCCUGUUUCACGAUUUCUCAGCGUCCAAGCAUCAGGGUCCCGAGACGCAGCAGGAACGCCUUACUCUGUUAUUCUUCUAUGCGCCAUAUUUGCUGAUUCCCAUUCUGCUCCUGUUUACCAUGUUGUACAGCCCCCAAUACAACCAGGUGGAGAAAAGGAAAAAGAAAUAAUGGUGAAUGGAAACAGCCUAAAUAUCUAGCCCCAUCUGUUCUCUGAAUCUACUCCGUCCAGGUCCUGGGGGAUAAGUGCCCGUCUAGCGCAGUCUGCUGCCCCAAUUCACACUAGUAUGAGUCCCAAAUGGAAGACUUGAAUUGGCUGGAAGUCACUGCUCUUCUCAAAACAAGUAGCAAUUCCCCCUGCUGUACCUGCUGCUGUGGCUAGAGGGACCUAACUUCUCUGGUGCUGGCAAACUGGUGUUUUUCAUCAGUGUGAACAAAACAAACAUGUAAAGCCUUUGAUGUACAAAACUGAAAAU